CCGCCCAUUCAUUAUAUCAAUAUACUAACCCAAUUUCCGUAGCAAUGGCCAGGAUAACGCCCUCAUACCCAGCUCCAGGUUUUUUCAGUUAUGCUGCCCCAGCCCCAGCAACCCCCUUAGCAGUUACGACGGACACAGACCACCCUCGAGACCCACUUCCAGCUGCCCACUCAGACACUCCAACCGGCAUAUGACCAACUCGCGCACAAUCUCACGACGACGGUUAUGGUGGCAGUUAUCCCCGUUUUGGAGGAGCAGAACAGAUUAAUCGUCGGCAGGGUGGACAGACUAGAGUCGUAUGUUCGAAAUACUGUCACAAUUAUUGAAAAGCAGGUCGAGGUAGCUAAUAUGAAUUUGGUGAACGCCUUGCGGACAGCACAUAACCAGCAGUGGAUGAUGACCGCAAACUUUCUAUCUGAAGUGGAGCAGCUGAACGAGACCAUCGAUACACUCAAGCCACUAAUGAACCAGGUGGAUAUGACUGUGACAGAGCUCUAUGAGAGGAUCAAAGCUGGAGUCACGGAGAUGGCCAAGACUUGUCCUCGAAUUGGGUAUCGAUCCGUCCAAACCCUGCUUCCAAGACCAGGAAGCGAUUGUUGGCACUGAACUGGGAGACGAGGCAUCCUGUUCGCCGCCACUAGACAUGCAAGCAACCAUGCAACGACGACAGUUGCAGCCAUCUUCAAUUCGGAU